GGAUAACAGACGUACACAUCUUAUGGCCUUUACGCUCGCAUGUCCAAGGUCGACACCGCGAUUGUUUGCGUCUAUUGGCCCAGCGUACAGCGCUAGCAUCGUCCAUGCUACACCUCGGAGACACUUUUUCAAUUUCUUCCGUCGCUCGAAAAAAAAAACUGACCAUGUCCCGCCCUCCGACCCAAUCCCCAUCCUGACAGAGGAUAACCUCCUCCACCCAUUUUCCAAGUCGCCUAUUCCUGCAGUAUGCGCCAGAGGGGAAGUCAUCCAGUCAAUGGCACCGUGUCCCGUAUGCUCCUCGCAGGACCGCGAUACUCAUGUACAUAUCGAGGCUCAGCCAAAAACGGUCAAGUUCGAAUGCCCGGAUUGCGGCUGGCCUGCUCAUUGUUCAGAGGAGCAUUGGAAGGAAGACAAGGAGCAUGAAAAGUACUGCUCGCGGCUUCGGGAGGCGAAUGAGGACGAACAUGAUUUACGUAGUGGGCGGAAGAUGUGGGAGUUCGAGAUGCCCGGGCCUCAGGGAUAUGAGGAAGCCGUGUCGUUUUCUAAUUGGGAUAUAUUCUGGUAUACGCGAGGUUUUCCGUCUAUGGACACUGAACGCUCCCGACGACAUGCCAGUAAGCUACUAAGUUAUCCUAUGACCAUUGGGAGUGUUCUGCAUCAACAUAGCAGUCUCAUGCUGAACAACCAGCGUUUAACGCCGGAGGGGAGUCGGUCAAUGGCUGCAAUUCGGUCUACUCUCCAUACACCUACUGGAGCACCAGAAACGCAAGAGGCGACAGUAGGAAAGCCCCAAGUCCGUAUCUUCAUUCUGGGGGCGCGUGCAGAGUCUUCUCUUCCGCCCCAUGUCUGGGAACAACUUGGAUUCCUGUUCCCUGCCGCUAACUUCCAACUACUGUUUAUCGGUCCCCAAGUUUCUCUCCCUAAGGAUAUCCAAAAUCCUCCUAAUCUGAAACCCGAGGGGAGUGCUCCAGCGUCGGAGACUUCGACGCCUUCCGACGCGAAAUCAGAGGGUGCCGCAUCAGUAUCCGGGACUUCUACACGAACCCAGGAGACGACAGAGAGCAAAGAAGCCACCACAGAUAUCAGUACAGAUACUCCGGUUUCUUCCGAGUCCCAGGAGGUGGUCGAGCAAGGACAAGAGAAGCCCUUGUAUGUUCCCAACAUUUACCAGCCUCCGGUACCUGCGCCCAUAGUUCCUCACAAACGUACGCGUGCAUCCUUGAAUCGCUACAGUGUUCCUUCCUACACGACGCCAUACACGUACCAAAUGACCCUCACCGGCUUGCAGACAAACUACAAGGACGUGCAUCCUCUGUUCGAAGAGACCCUAGACCCUUACAGCGACUGCUUCUUCUUCUUCUCUCCCGGAUUCGGUUUCCCAUCCCAAACAUCUAUGGACGAGAAUGGCGAGCCACUCCUGCAGAUCUCCUCUCCAACAGAGUGGGGCCCAGUCCUACCGAUGCUCCUCGCGUCCAAAUGCCCAAUUUUCGUCACAGGUUUCUCGCCCGCAGAUGUGGAACGCGACAUAAAGUCGCUCUCAACCGCACCUGGUGUGGCAGGCGAGUUUGAGUGGGUCGUUACACCCGGCCCUAAUGCCUUUGGAAGCGAGAAGUGGGAGGUUGCAGAUUUCGAUCCCCGCGUCAUGGUGAAGACGAAUUGGGGGAUAUGGGCAAUCCGAGGCAAGAGUAGGGAUAUCCAAGAAAGGAGUUUCUUCAGUAGACUGUUCGAAAAGUAGCGUCCACACCCUAAUAAAUCAGAAUAUGAAGCAACUUUCCAACUCAAAAUCACGCCUGUUCAUCCCUUUGUCUACACAGCAGAUAGUAUACUGUUACAACAGAUGAGGACAAUGG